CACUUUGCACCAUUUGCCGACUGCAGCCACACAAUACACUGCUGUUCGCCUGGCCAUGGCCGCCGUGGCGCGGCUCUCCAUUGUUUUAAUCGACUGCCCCAAUCGCAAUCCGGCCGUCAAAUCCCUCGGAUUUUCCUCCACAGCCACCGGUACGCCGCCUCCGACACUGUACGAUGCCGGAAAAGUCGAGGGUGGUCCUCCGCCGUCACCUGCUCCGCCCCAAACGGCCCAUCUUCUCCCGACAUCAGUUCCACGGCCAAAAUACGCAGUGAAGUCCUCUCUCCCUUCCGGUCCCUUGGUAUGUUCUUUUACCUUGCAUUUGUAGCAAGUGGGUCACUCGGAGGACUCAUUGCCUUUUCCCAGCUGAUCGGGGCCCUAUCCAACCCAUCAAGGGCGGCCCAACUACCCGAGCUCCUCAACGGGCUCGGCAUAGAUUUGGGGGCUGUCUCCAUUUUCGCGUUUCUUUAUUACAGGGACAACAAUGCUAAAAAUGCUCAGCUGGCCAGACUCUCGAGAGAGGAGAGCCUCUCGAGUUUCAAGCUCCGUGUGGACGAGAAGAGGAUCCUUCCCCUGAGUGCUUUCAGGGGGAUUGCUUUGGUUAUCCUGGCGGGGCCCGCCUCGUUCAUCGAGGAGUCUUUCAGAUUAAGCGAACCUUUCUCUGCAGGGCUUAUCGAGAGAGGGGUUCUUGUUGUGCUGCUUGCUACCGAUGGGAAUUUGCCUGAUUUCGAGUUUCAAGAAACUGGGGAGAUUGAUGUGAAGAGGAAAAGGCUGUGGCAGUUGACUCCGGUGCUUGCUCCUGAAUGGAACAAGUGGUUGGAUGAACAAAAGAAACUGGCUAACGUCUCUCCUGAAUCUCCCAGGGCUUUGGCUCCCGUAGUGGACAAGUUUACUGCUCGGCUUGUGAUGAAAAGGCUGAAUCAGGAACCUUCAGUGAUAGUGGAUCAUCUUUUGGUUGAAAACUAUGGUGCUUUACCCGCCGACAGCCAUCACUCGGACUUUUUGUCUAAACUUCACAGGAAGAUGGAACAUGAAGAGGGAUACUCUAAUGAUGACGAUGUUAGCACUCUGAAUAAGCCGUCAAACCAUGUGAAUCUGUAGGACUUUUUUGGUGAGAAUGUUGUUGCUAAAUAAGAACAAAGUGAUUGCUAUGGACCCUAAUCCAUGUGUGGAAAAUCUUAUAUUAGCUAGGAAAGCUUAUAUUAGUUAGGUGAUAAAUUUUAUUUGUCUUGGAAAAAGAAAGGGAUACAUGCAACUACUGUUAGAAUAAAUUUUCUUUCUGUCAAUUGAUUAUUACAAAUAAAUUGAAGUUCUAAACACAUU